AUUUCCAUUGCCUUUCUCGGCCUCUACUCUCCCCAGACUCAUCUCAUCUUCUUCCCCAAAUCCAAAUGGAUCGACCCAGAUUCGUGAUCGAGGCCGCUGAAGCCAAAUCCCUGGCACACAAAUCCGGUCUCACAAUCCACCAACUCCUCCCUACUUUAGUCAAAUCUGCCAAAACUCUCGCCCGCCCGCCCAUCUCUAACUACCACGUCGGCGUAGUGGGACUCGGCUCUUCGGGUCGGAUUUUCUUCGGGGGUAACCUCGAAUUCCCGGGUCUCCCUCUCCAUCACUCCGUUCACGCUGAGCAGUUCCUCGUCACCAACCUGAUCCUCAAUGCGGAGCCCGGUCUCCAAUGCUUCGCCGUCUCAUCCGCCCCCUGCGGUCACUGCCGCCAAUUCUUGCAGGAAAUCCGGAACGCUUCCGAUAUCAAAAUCGCCGUGACGUCAUCAUCCGAUGAGAACAAAAAACAACAACAGGAAGAUCAUGGAUGUAAUUAUUACACGUUGUCGCAUUUUCUACCGGACAGGUUCGGCCCAGAUGAUUUGCUGGAAAAGGAUGUUCCUUUGCUCUUGGAAACUCACCAGAACGGCUUGUCUUUUGGGAAUGACGACGGCGGCGGUGAGGAGGAUGAUGGUUCUCACCAGUGUUGUAACGGUGACGUGUCGGGGAGUUUAAAGUUUGCAGCUUUAGAGGCUGCGAACAAGUCUCAUGCGCCGUACAGUAAGUGCCCAUCUGGGGUAGCGAUUAAGGAUUCUGAAGGGAAGGUUUAUAAGGGGUCUUAUACAGAGUCGGCGGCGUAUAAUCCAAGCUUGGGUCCUGUACAGGCGGCCCUGGUGGCUUACGUGGCGAGUGGAAAUGGCGGUGGGUAUGAGAGGAUUGUGGAGGCGGUGUUAGUGGAGACAGAGGGCGGAGUUGUGAGGCAAGAACAGACAGCUCGAUUACUUUUGCAGGUGAUUUCGCCCAAGUGUCAGUUUAAGGUUUUUCAUUGUAAAAGGGCUUCUUGUUGAUGACUCCUUGUGUUUAUCAUUAAGUUUCAUGACGAUCAUCCACUCGUGUCCAAUUGAACCAUGAAUGGAUGAUGUAUUAAUGAAUAAAGAUCAUUGUAGUUCUUCUUCUA